GUGUUACCAGAGAAAAUCUUUUUUAGCGCAUACACAAUGAAUGGGUAUUCCUGGGAAAAUAUCCUUAGCGCAUGCACAAUAACUAUCUUGUUGUAGGCCAUAUUGAUAAGCUAAAGUUAAUAACAUCGCGGUAUUAAUUGUGUAAAAUUCAGAUGACACUAGUUGGACAACGCGUUGUAAGAGGGCCUCAUUGGUCUGGUGGUGAUGUUGAUGGGGGAGAAGGACAUGUUGGUACGAUUGUUAGUGUUGGUGGGUUAGAAACGGCAGAAGUUGUCUGGGAUAAUGGUAAACGUAACAGCUGUAGAAUUGGCAAGGGUGGAAAAUAUGACCUGAGAGUCUUGGACAACGGUACAACCGGCGUUCGACAUACUCAGUUUAUAUGUACUGUGUGUUCUGAAAGAGGAAUAUUUGGAAUGAGAUGGACUUGUAAUGUCUGUAAAGACUGUCAUCUUUGCCCGGUGUGUUACGUCACAGAUAAACACGAUAUACAACACGAGUUUAAAAGAUAUGUUACGCCAGGCGAUCCAGGUACACUAGUGCCGAAACGGGCGACCAGUGUUAAACACCAAUCUAUGGGUAUCUUUCCUGGUGCCAUUGUAAAGAGAGGUUGUGAUUGGAAAUGGAGAGAUCACGACGGUGGUGAUGGUAAGACUGGUAAAGUGCUAGCUAUAGAGAACAGUGACAAGUGGAAUUCUGUCAGAAACAGUAUCCGUGUCAAAUGGUCAUCAGGUGAUGUUAAUGUCUAUCGACUUGGUGCAGAAGGUGGGAAAAUAGAUUUACAAUUUGUACAAGAAUCGCGUGGUGUAUUUUAUUACCGGGAUCACCUGCCUGUCUGCGAGAAACCAAAAGAAAACGCUUCUCCAAAAGAUCAAGAACGUGAUUUAGUUACCAACACAGAGGUUUUAAAAGAAGGUGAUCGGGUGUGUAUAAUGGUCUCUUCGGAAAAAAUUGAAGAACUCCAGAAACAGCAUGGUAGUUUUUCUAAAGGAAUGUUAGGUUGUGCUGGAAAGACCGGGGAAGUUACAGGAUUUGUUCAAGGCGAUGCAUUGGUCGAAUUCGGUGAUUUUAAGUUUCGAUUCUUCCCAGGAUUGCUGAAAAAAGUUUAUGAACUUAAAGUUGGGGAUAUUGUUCGCAUUUUGUCUGAUGAAGAGAAAGUGAGAAUAUUACUAGAAAAUCACGGAGGUUACAACAGCAAGAUGAAACAGUACCUAGGUAAAGUUGGACAAGUAACUAAGAUAGAUUCUGAUGGUGAUGCUGUUGUAAAGUUUGGUAGAAGAGUGUGGGUGUAUAACCCGGCUUGUUGUAUACCAGCACCAGGUGAAAUGAUCGAUGAAGAAGAAGAAGAAAGUGAUGACAGUGAUACUGUUGAUAUGUCAGAUUUGAACAAUGCUCUAUUGAAAUUAAUGGGCGGUUUGUUAGGUCAGCCAAUCAUUGGUGGCUCUGGUACUACGCUGGGAAUAUUGGCACUUUAUAAGGUCAUAUCAGAAAAUAACGCAAGCGAAGCGAUUUCCUUGAUACGACGUCAACCUCAAUUGGUAAACGCAGACUUCAAAGGAAUAACACCGCUGGUGCUUGCAAGUCAUCAAGGUGGCACAGCGAUUGUUGAAGAACUUUUAAAACAGGGGGCUGAUAUCAAUAAAACAGAUGAAAAUGGUAACACAGCAUUGGUAGCUGCCAUCGCAGGAAAAGAGAGAAGUAUAGCAAGAUUAUUAAUCUCCCGAGGAAUCAAUGUUAAAGUCAUUCCUAAAGACAAAAAACCGGCUCUGUUUUGUGCGGCAGUGGAAGAUUAUGGUGAUAUUGUGACGCUUAUAUUACAGAAAGGUGCGAAUGCGAACAUUCAGGACAGUGAUGGGGACACGGCCCUACAUGGUGCUGUACACACAGGAAGUGACGACUCUAUUAGAGCUUUGUGCGAGUCUCAGAAUGUUGACCCAAGUUUGGUCAACAAGAAAGGUUUUAACGCUCUCCAUCUUGCUGCCUUCAAAGACAGACCGCUAGCUGUUGAGAAAAUUCUUGAUAAAAAUAAAGAGUUGGUAGAGGUUAAAAAAAGGGAUGGCUUCAAUGCUUUACACAUCGCUACCGUAAAUAACCAUGUCAACUGUGCUAGAAUACUUAUACAAAAGGGUAGAGCUGAUGUAAACUGUAAACGUGAUGAUGAAUCACUACUCACACCACUCCAUCUAGCUUGCUUAGAGGGUUAUUUCGAAACCGUUGAAUUAUUGGUAGAGAGAGGAGCAGAUGUGAACAUACCUGACCGUGCUAGAAAUACUCCUCUUCAUUUAGCUCUUCAAGGUCGACCGGGUGUUGAUAGGGGACACGGACUGCUUGGAGCGUUGUUGGGCCUGGGUUCAUCAUCUAAAACAGAAAAUCGUAUAAAGAUUGCCGGCCUGCUUAUGCAAAAUGGUGCUUCUCUGGAACGAGGAAAUGUAAUCGGACUAACACCAAUUGAUGUCUGCGGGGAUCCUGCCGUUAAGGCAGCUGUUAGCAAGUAUGCCCAAAAACGGCAGUCUACUCAAGAAACUCAAGGUUUGGGAACCCAAAUAAGACUACCAUGUACCCGGUGUUUUUCCAAGGCAGCCGAUAUUACCUUAAAGCCAUGUGACCAUACUUGUGUCUGCGAUAAGUGCGCAUUGCAGAUUGAGGAUUGUCCUCUGUGUAACCAGACUAUACACAGAAGGUUACGAUCCAAGAGUGGUCAGGAUCGGACACAGGAAGAUUGUAAAGUACAGUAAACACAUUACUAGCUCUGGGCCGACAUACGGUAUUGUCGAAUAUUGCGGGACCAAAUAUUGGCCGACAAAGGAAUUGGGAGGUCAUUGCUUAUUAUUUUAUUUACUCAAGCGUGUGCACAUGCGCAAUCUAUUUAAUGUAUGGUUUUCCUAGUAAUAGAACAGGUGUGCGUAUUUAAUUGUAAAUGGACAACAAUUUUUUUUUUUUGGGGGGGGGGGUGAUUUUAGGGUUAUGCAAUUAGAGAUUAUUAAUAUAGUUUAUAGUUCACACCUAAAAAAACCUACCUAUGGUUAUGGGACAUUACAGCUAACAACGUCAGCCUCUGUCUACAUGGUAAAUCGCACCGUUAAACAGCUAUAAUAUAUGUGACAAUGUCCCUCUCUUCUGGCUCUCUCUUGGCUCUCUCUUGACCCCCUUGACACCCUCCACACACGCACCCAUGGACACGCGCCUAAGGACAACGCUACACGCAAACCUAUUAGAUAAAACUGCGGGCAAGAAAUGAACAACAGAAAUAACAAUCAAGCGAAUGGAUCCGGGUGUGUGGGGAGGGGGUGUGGGUGAUGUAACGGAAGCGUCCACUGUGUUGUACAGUUCCGGACCAAUACAGGCUUCAUACGCAAUGGAAAACAAUUUCACAAUAUUUUUAUUAUAAAAUAUGUAUUGUAUAUCCCAUGUUGUGGUUUGUAUAUUUAUAUAUCUAUAUCCUGUAAUUUCUAGGUUGUGGUCUACAGCUUUAUAAAUAUUAUAAAUACA